CAGCCGAGCGCCGUCGCCGCCGCGAGCUCGGGCCCCCGCACCCCGCUUCGCGCGCGCCCGGCCUGGGGCGCCUCUCGGCGCGGGCUCCGGGGGCGCAGGCGUCCACGGGUGCGUCGGCGAGGCUGCAGGCCGCCGGCGCGGGGAACGCAGAUACCCGCCUUUGCCACGAUGCUCUCAUCCAGCGACUUUGUAUCUGCUUCUUGGGAGCUCAUCGUCAGAGUUGACGGUCCAAAUGAGGAGGAGCAGAAAGAUGUCACGCUAAGAGUGUCCGGAGACCUGCAUGUUGGGGGAGUGAUGCUCAAGUUAGUAGAACAGAUCAAAAUAUCCCAAGACUGGUCAGACUUUGCCCUUUGGUGGGAACAGAAACAUUGCUGGCUUCUGAAAACGCACUGGACUCUGGACAAAUAUGGAGUCCAGGCAGAUGCAAAGCUUCUCUUCACCCCUCAGCACAAAAUACUUCGCCUCCGCCUGCCGAAUGUGAAGACAGUGAGAUUGCGAGUCAGCUUCUCCGCUGUGGUUUUUAAAGCUGUCAGUGAUAUCUGCAAAAUCCUGAAUAUUAGAAGAUCAGAAGAACUUUCCUUGUUAAAGCCUUCUGGUGACUAUUUUAAAAAGAAGAAAAAAAAAGACAAAAGUAACAAGGAGCCCAUAAUUGAAGAUAUUUUAAACCUGGAGGGUUCUCCAACGACUGCAGGUCCACCAGUAAGUCCUGGCUUAUACAGUAAAACCAUGACUCCCACAUAUGACCCCAUCAGUGGAACGCCAGCAUCAUCCACCAUGACUUGGUUCAGUGACAGCCCUUUGACAGAACAGAACUGCAGCAUCCUGGCAUUCAGCCAACCCCCGCAGUCACCAGAAGCGCUGGCUGAUAUGUACCAGCCUCGGUCACUGGUUGACAAAGCCAAGCUUAACGCAGGUUGGCUGGACUCUUCACGUUCACUUAUGGAACAAGGCAUCCAGGAGGAUGAGCAGCUGCUGUUACGAUUUAAAUACUACACUUUCUUUGACUUGAAUCCCAAAUACGACGCUGUCCGAAUAAACCAACUCUAUGAACAAGCCAGGUGGGCCAUUCUCUUAGAAGAAAUUGACUGUACGGAAGAAGAAAUGUUGAUCUUUGCAGCACUGCAGUAUCACAUUAGCAAACUGUCCUUGUCAGCUGAAACACAGGAUUUUACAAAUGAGUCUGAGGUGGAUGAAGUAGAAGCAGCACUCUCUAAUUUGGAAGUGACCCUAGAAGGUGGAAAAACGGACAACACUUUGGAGGACAUUACUGAUAUCCCUAAACUUGCAGAUAAUCUCAAGUUAUUUAGGCCCAAGAAGCUAAUGCUAAAGGCUUUCAAACAAUAUUGGUUCAUCUUUAAAGACACAUCUAUAGCCUACUUUAAAAAUAAGGAACUUGAGCAAGGAGAACCAAUAGAAAAACUAAAUCUUAGAGGCUGUGAAGUUGUGCCAGAUGUCAAUGUAGCAGGGAGAAAAUUUGGAAUCAAGUUACUAAUCCCGGUUGCUGAUGGUAUGAAUGAAGUGUAUCUGAGAUGUGACCAUGAGAAUCAGUAUGCCCAGUGGAUGGCUGCCUGCAUUCUGGCAUCGAAGGGCAAAACCAUGGCAGACAGCUCCUAUCAGCCAGAGGUCCUCAACAUCCUUUCAUUUCUGAGGAUGAAAAACCGAAACGUGUCAUCUCAGGUGGCUUCCAAUCUCGAAAGCAUGGACAUGAACCCUGAAUGUUUCGUGUCACCUAGAUGUGCAAAAAAACAGAAGUCUAAGCAGCUGGCAGCCCGGAUUCUAGAAGCCCACCAGAAUGUGGCCCAGAUGCCACUGGUCGAAGCCAAACUGAGGUUCAUCCAGGCGUGGCAAUCGCUACCUGAAUUUGGCCUCACCUACUACCUUGUCAGAUUUAAAGGAAGUAAGAAAGAUGAUAUUCUGGGAGUUUCAUAUAAUAGGUUGAUUAGAAUUGAUGCAACCACUGGGAUUCCAAUUACAACUUGGAGAUUCACAAAUAUGAAACAGUGGAACGUAAACUGGGAAAUCCGGCAGGUGGCAAUUGAAUUUGACCAGAAUGUCUCCAUUGCGUUCACCUGCCUGAGUGCAGAUUGCAAAAUCGUGCACGAAUACAUCGGUGGCUACAUUUUCUUGUCCACUCGGUCUAAGGACCAGAAUGAGACACUCGACGAGGACCUGUUCCACAAGCUAACUGGUGGACAGGAAUGAAGCAAAGCAGACCUGCCCACACGCAGAGGGUGAGCCAAAUGUGGUCCUCCCUGGACAGAUGGCAUCCUUGGCUCACACAGUGUGUAGGCUGCAGACUGAUGGACAACAUAUGCUCACCACUGGUCACUCAGAUGAAGAUCCUCAUCUCAUUUCAAAACAGACUGCCUAGCAUAUCCUCUUCCUCUCUUUACCCUGUCCUACCAGUGAUGGAAGGGGCCUCAGUUGCGUUUUCUGUAAAACAUGUGGGUAGGAGACAGGCUAGUACUCAAAGAUUACACCAUGGCCCAGCAUGUGGCUAUAGUUCUAUGACUUCAGAACCCACAAGGAUAUGGCUAGAAGUUACCAGUGUGUUUUUCUGCUUCGUUGCUAAAUCAGCAAAAGACAGAAAGGUCAAAAGCACAUGUAACCAAGGAUAUAUCUUAUUCUACAACUCAGGUAUAAAAAGUAAUUUGUCUUUCCUAACAGAACCACUUUUAGCUCCCAUCUUGUGAACAUGCAGAGGGAGUCUCCACAUACACAUAUACUCUUUCCCUGGGGGUAGGGAGGGGAAAGAUGGAGUUACUGGUACUAGCUGGUGACAAAGGGUCAGAGCAGUGGCUUUCAAUGUCAUCAGCUCACAGUGACUUCUGCAGAAGUGACUACUGACCCAUCUGGUCUUGGACAUUUGUCCCCUUGGGUCACUUCUGCCACUGUAAGUCCUAGUCCAUUCCUGGGGAUCUGUCACCCACCUUUAAAGUCUUUCUUGAUGACACAGGUGACAGAGGUACAGGGAAAUCCAUUCCUCACCCAGCUGCAUAUCUCAGCUGCUUGUCUUCUGAGCUGGGGCUCCAGAAGAUGGGUCCAGUUCUCUCUGUAUAUAAAAACCAUCCUCCCCACACCUCCAGGCUUACCAUGGGGUCUCUAUCCCAGCUGGUCAGGAAGAGAAGAACAAGCUCAUUCUCAAAGACCACCAAGUGCAAGGGCUAACAGUUUCCCCUACUGACUUCUGUCUACAUUUUGCAAAUCAGGAGCCAGUAAUAGACUUCUGUUUUCUCUGCUUUUUUUUGCUCUGUCAUCUCUACCUCAAGACAUGAGCAUGAGCCAGUUAAUUGCCAUCUCACCUGUCAUUUUCUGCUUUAGUUUGUCAGCUUUGGGAGGAGUGGGAUUUGAGAAGGAAAGAAGCGAUAUGGGGGGUAGAGGGAAAUAUCAGAUGGCAUUUAAUUAUGUUUUUAUAAACGUUCUGCUGUCACAGAAAGGACUUGGGUUGCCAGGGUAAAGCAGAGGCUCCAUCUCCAUUUUGAAAUCCUUUAGGGUACAAAAGCUCUGGGGGGCCUGGCCAGAGCUCAGAUGCCCCUAUUCAUCAUCUGUUGCUAUAUUUUCCAACAAAGACAUUUGAGAAGAGAGAUCUUCACAGCUCCAGGAGCCACAUUAGGACAGCCUUGUCUAGGGAACUCCAGGCCCUGAGCUGGAAGCUGUUAUUCCUCUUUCAGACUCUCCUUUGAGUUAAAUGUUCGUGAAAACUCCCCAGGCACCAAGGUGAGCUUCCAAGGCCUCGUUUAAAGCUUGGAGGCAACUCAAUCCCUUGGAAAAUCUGGUCCACAUCAUAAAGAACUUAGUUUGAAAUGUUUUGUAUGGAAACUAGUGCUGAGCAUACUGUUCAACUUGGUGUUGGUCAUUUCUGUGUAGUCUUGGGCUCCAUGAUUUUUAGAACCUAAGUCAGGUCUUUACGAGUAUGUCAGACCCUACAACAAAAUAAUGCUCCUUGAUGUCACAUUUUACCUAUCUCCUACCAAGUACAGCUCUGUAUCAUUUACCAAAGUUAGACCUCCAGUGUGACCCUCUUAGCUUUUCAUGGUUGUCUGACGUUGCCAUGAAAACAUUCAAAGGAGUUUUAAACCAAACUUUCCGGGGAACAUUUCUCCCAUGACUACACUGCCACAUCCCAAAGGAAUAAACAAGUGUGUCAAGAAAAACCUUAAACGCUGCUAUUCCAACGAGCAACUUGAGGACUUUUUUUAUAUUGUGUGCAAAAGGUCAUGUGACUUCCUAUGAUGAAAUUUUAAAUUAAUGUGUGUCUUUCAGCCUCCUAUGCUUUCUUAACUACACUAGAUGGGGAAAUCUGCAUUUAUUAUUAUUUUAUAGGACUUUUUUAAUUAAAUGCUUUAUAUAGAUUUGA